CGCGACCGUUCGUCGUCCCUCUCUCUCUCCCCCCCUCACUCACCGUCCUUUGUGUGUUUCCUCUACUCCACUCCACUCCCGACCUUCCCACCCCACCCCUCUCUGGGUAUCUAUCACAGAAGGAAACAUGGAUUUGGAAAAGGGUGGCCACGGCACGCCGGAGAUCCUCUCCCAGACGCCCCCGGAUAAGCUGCAGCGUCCAUUGACCGCCGACGAGAAGCUUGCCGCCACGACCAUCGACAUCGACUCCCGCGGUUCCAAUACGUCCAAAGAUAUCGAAUACAAUGGCCUCUCCGCCCACCAAGGCAAUGGCAUCCUCGCCAGACUGCGUCGUUUCGAGGAGUCGCUCGACCGCCGGCUCGGCGUCGAGUCGCAAGCCAUCGACCGCAAACUCCCCGAGGAGCGUGCCGGUGUGAGCUGGUGGGAUCAAGUCAACAUGGCCUUCCUGUGGUCGUCGGGCGUGCUGAACAUCAGCUGCUUCGCCACCGGUUUCCUCGGCUUCUUCUUCUCCCUCUCCCUCAAACAGACCAUCCUCAUCGUCAUCUUCGGCUCUUUCCUCGGCUCCUCCCUCACCGGCUUCUGUGCCACCUUUGGCGCUCCCAUGGGUCUGCGACAAAUCUCCGUCUCUCGUUACUCCAUGGGCUGGUACCCCAACAAGGUCAUCGCUCUGCUCAAUUCCAUCCAGAACUUAGGGUGGAGCGCCGUUGCUUGCAUCACCGGUGGUCUUGCUCUGGAAGCCGUGUCGAACGGCCAUGUCUCUGUCGAGGUCGGCAUUGUCGUCAUCGCCGUCGUUAGCUUCGUCGUCUCCUUCGUCGGCCUCCGCGCCAUUCUCGUCUACGAGAAGUACGCGUGGUUCGUCUUCUUCAUCGUCUUCAUGAUCAUCUUCGGCGAGACCGCGCCCUACUACGACAACACCACCCCCGCCAGCGUCACCGGUGCCACUCUCAGCGGCCAGGUCCUGACUCUGCUUGCCAUCAUCUACGGCUCUUCCGCCUCCUGGUCGACCUGCGCGUCCGACUACUACGUGCACUACCCGCCCAACGUCUCGCGCGUCAAGGUCUUCCUCAUGACCACCUGCGGUAUCGCCAUCCCCACCAGCAUCGGCAUGACCGCCGGCGCCUGCGUGGCGUCCGCGUUCAACAACGUCCCCGCCUGGGCCAAGGCCGACGACCGCGGCCUCGGCUUCCUCAUCCAAACCAUGCUCUACCCCCGUGGCUUCGCCGACUUCAUCCUCGUCCUGCUCGUGCUCUCGGGCAUCAACAACAGCAUCAUCAGCGUGUACAGCUCGGCCAUCUCCUUCCAGCAGCUCGCGCGCCCCUUCGCCCUCAUCCCCCGCUUCCUGUGGAACAUCCUGUGCUUCUGCAUCGUCAUCGCCCUCGCCUCCGCCAGCCGCAACAGCCUCCUGACCUACCUCCAAGACUUCCUGUCUCUCCUCGGCUACUGGUGCACCAGCUACGUCGUCAUCGUCUUCUCCGAGCACUUCAUCUUCCGCAAGGGCGACUUCAAGAACUACAAUCUCGAGGGCUGGAACGACCCCGCCGUCCUCCCGCACGGUUUCGCAGCCGGCGCUUCUUGGGUCCUGGGUGCGGUUGCGUGGAUUCUCGGCAUGAACGCGACUUGGUUCAUCAGCCCUAUUGCAAAGACCAUUGGCGCCCACGGCGGCGAUGUCGCCAACGAGCUCACCCUUGUUGUCACCGCGCUGGCCUUCAUCCCGCUGCGUGCCAUGGAGUUGAAGUAUUUCGGAAAAUAAGCGUAUCGUGCAAAAGUUUCCGCCGGCGGCGUGAAGGCUGGCAUGGGUUGUAUAUGUAGCCUCGUGACUUGCUCAGUUGCGGCUAGCAAACGUAAUGCAUUUUUAUGAAGUUGUUCAAGAGAAGUAGACUUGCGAUCAGUGCCUCUCACACGAUGACUGCGUAAUCUAAGAAUGUAAACGCCC